UCCCGUUUCCUGUCGGCCAGACACCCCCCCUCCUCCGCCGCCCCCCUCUCUCCAGCCCGGAGGCCGCCGCCGACGCCGCCAGCGCGCAUGGUCUGCGCCGCCAUCUCGCUAGCCGGCGGAAGUGCCACUGCCACCUCCCUCUCCCGGCGGCCAGCGCUCGACCUCCGCAGCCGCCGCCUGCUCUGGGCGCGCGCGAUGAGCCACGUCGCGCCGCGGCUCAGCUCCGCCACGGUCGGGGCCCCCACACCCGAGCACGACCAGCGGCACAGUGGCAGGGCCAGGGCCGUGGCUGCGCAAGCAGCAGGAGUGAGGCAAGCACUGAUAUCGCUGUCGGAUAAAACAGACUUGGCCAAUCUUGGAAACGGCCUUGAGAGCUUGGGGUUUUCUAUCAUCUCCACUGGCGGUACAGCGUCAAGCCUGGAGGCUGCUGGAGUGAAUGUUACAAAAGUUGAACAGAUUACACAUUUUCCUGAAAUGCUUGAUGGAAGAGUAAAAACAUUGCACCCCAGUAUACACGGUGGCAUUCUUGCCCGAAGAGACCAGGAGCAUCAUCUUAAAGCAUUGAAUGAGCAUGGCAUAGGGACAUUUGAUGUGGUUGUGGUGAAUUUGUAUCCAUUCUAUGAUAAGGUUACCUCUGGUGCAAUUUCUUUCGAGGAUGGCAUUGAAAAUAUUGAUAUUGGUGGGCCUACAUUGAUCCGAGCUGCAGCGAAGAAUCAUAAGGAUGUUCUUGUUGUUGUGGAUCAUCGUGAUUACCCUGCUCUAUUGAAAUAUCUACAAGAAAAGCAAGUGGACCCGCAGUUCCGCAGGAUGCUGGCAUGGAAAGCUUUCCAGCACGUGGCUUCUUAUGAUUCAGCCGUCUCAGAGUGGUUGUGGAAGCAAUCAAACAGUGGAGAUAUAUUUCCCCCAAGCUUUACUGUUCCCCUCUCGAUGAAGUCUACACUUCGUUAUGGUGAAAAUCCUCAUCAAAAGGCGGCAUUUUACGGUGACAGGAGUCUUUCUCUAGUCAAUGCCGGUGGUAUUGCAACAUCAUUUCAGCACCAUGGAAAGGAAAUGUCUUAUAACAAUUACUUGGAUGCUGAUGCUGCAUGGAAUUGUGUGUCAGAGUUUGAGAAUCCUACUUGUGUUGUGGUUAAGCACACCAAUCCGUGCGGUGUUGCAUCCCGGCAGGAUGUUCUUGAGGCAUACAGGUUGGCCGUAAAGGCAGAUCCUGUGAGUGCAUUUGGUGGAAUUGUUGCAUUCAACACCACAAUUGACGAGGAUCUUGCAAGGGAGAUUCGCGAGUUUAGAAGUCCUACGGAUGGUGAGACACGGAUGUUCUAUGAGAUCGUGGUGGCACCAGGAUACACAGAGAAGGGCCUCGAGGUCCUCAAAGGGAAAUCUAAGACGCUGAGGAUCCUUGAGGCGAAGAGAAGCGGGAAAAAUAUGCUGUCGCUCAGGCAGGUCAAUGGUGGUUGGCUAGCUCAAGAGUCAGACGAUCUAGCCCCAGAAGACAUCACCUUCACGACGGGUUCUGAGAGAGCUCCGACGGACAGCGAGCUCUCGGAUGCCAAGUUCGCUUGGCUCUGUGCGAAACACGUGAAGAGCAAUGCUAUUGUGAUUGCCAAGGACAACUGCAUGCUGGGCAUGGGGAGCGGGCAGCCAAACAGGGUGGACAGCUUGAGGAUUGCCUUCAGGAAAGCAGGGGAGGCUGCCAAGGGAGCUGCUCUGGCCAGCGACGCCUUCUUCCCAUUUGCCUGGAAGGACGCCGUGGAGGAGGCAUGCGAGAACGGCAUCGGUACGAUCGCGCAGCCCGGCGGCAGCAUGAGGGACAAGGAUGCCGUCGAGUGCUGCAACAAGUACGGUGUCUCCCUCCUCUUCACCGGCGUCCGCCACUUCAGGCACUGAGCCUAACCUGAGUCCAUAAGGUCAUAUCACUGGUCUACUGUUAGUCAGUCUGCCGCGGAAACUCGCGGAUGUUUGUCGCAAUAAGACAGGCGCAGGUGGUCUUGCGUCCAACUAGGAAUAACUGUAUGACGGCGGCGAGAGCAUUCUUGCCUAGGUCGCGUCAUGUUGUAUCACAUUGCUGAGCCAGCAGCGGCUGGGUAACCAAGGUCAGAAAACCAGAGCCAUGUGCUAGUUAAACUAAGCAGAAACUGCGUUUGUAUUCGGACCUCGACAUGAAUCGAACUCCUGAGGCCGUUCUGACUGUAA